ACACUCAGCUUAGUUCUUAUCUCUAUCAAAAUGGAGAAGCCAGCUGAGAACCACAGUAACGAUACUGACAGUAUCGACUCUGAUAAUCAAGAUGUCCAGAAGUUCAAUCCUUUGAAUGAUCCUGAAGACCAAGGUAAUGCUGAGAACUUGUCUCACCACGUCUCCCGUAUCUUGUCUACCCAGGAAGGUAUGGAGCGUGUUGCUACCCUUGCCAGAGUCUUGUCCACCAAGACCAAGAAGGACAUGGACCACUUCGAGAUCAACAAAGAGAACUUUGACUUGGAGUUACUCUUGAAGUACCUCCGUGACCGUUCCGCAGAGCAAGGUAUUGAAUCUGCCAAUGCAGGUGUUUCUUUCAGAGAUCUGACAUGUUGGGGUAUUGAUGCCUCUGCUGCCCAUGGUCCUUCUGUGACUGAAAUGACCCUCAACUACCUUAGCUUCUGGAAGAUGUUCCAGAAAGAUAACCGUAAGCAAAGAAUGAUUAUUCAAAACUUUGUUGGUGUCUUGGAGCCAGGAGAGAUGGUGCUUUGUCUUGGUAAGCCGGGUGCCGGUUGUUCCUCAUUGUUAAAGGCCGUUGCUGGUGAAAUCGAGAAUUUCACUAAGGUCGAAGGUUCCUUUUCCUAUGACGGGUUAGAUCAGGCGGAGAUGAUGGAAAAGUAUAAGGGUUAUGUUGUUUACAACCCGGAAUUGGAUUUCCAUUUCCCAUACAUCACCGUCAAGGAAACAAUUCAGUUGGCCUUGAGAUGCAAAACUCCAGAGAAAAGAAUUGACAACCUAUCCAGAGCUGAAUAUGUUGAUAACAUGCUUAAGUUAUGGUGUACCGUUUUUGGUUUGACCCACACAUACGCUACUAGAGUCGGUAACGAUUUUGUGAGAGGUGUUUCUGGUGGUGAAAGAAAGAGAGUUUCGAUUGUGGAAGCCUUGGCUUUGAACGCUUCUGUGUACUGUUUCGAUAACGCUACCAGAGGUUUGGAUGCUUCUACGGCAUUGGAAUUCACACAAUGUUUGAGAACUGCCACCAACAUGUUGGGCUGUUCUGCGUUUGUUGCUAUUUACCAAGCCGGUCAAAACAUUUACGAAUUAUUUGAUAAGGUGAGUGUUCUAUACAAGGGUAGACAGAUUUACUGGGGUCCUGCCGACCAAGGUGUUUCUUAUUUUGAGAAGAUGGGCUAUUUGAAGCCUAGCAGAAUGACUGCACCGGAGUUUUUGACUGCAGUUACUUCUCCAUCUUCCAGACAAGUGCAACCAGGGUUUGAAGGUAAGGUUCCAGAAUCGUCAGAAGAGUUUGCUGAUUACUGGGUCAACUCUCCAGAAUAUGCUACCUUGAUGACUGAAAUGGACGAAUUUGAUGCUAAUCAUAAUGGCGAUGAGACCAGACAAAGACUGGAUUUUGUCAACCAGCAGAGAAAGCAAAAGGGUAACAGACAAAAGUCUCAAUUUAUGGUUACCUAUUGGUCGCAAUUGUACUACUUGAUGUUAAGAGGUUUCCAAAGAACCAAGGGUAAUAUCACUUAUACCAUCGUUUAUGUUGCAUCUUUUGUUACUAAGGGUUUUGUUGUCGGUUCUAUGUACUACCACAUUCCGAAGUCCACCAAUGGUGCAUACUCACGUGGUGGUAUCUUGUUCUAUGUUUUGCUUUUCUGUUCCGUUACAUCUUUGGCCGAAAUUGCUAACUCGUUCUCUACCAGAAACAUUUUAGUGAAACAAAAAUCGUACUCCAUGUACCAUUUGUCCGCUGAAGCAUUACAAGAAAUUAUCACUGAAUUCCCAACGAAGUUGAUUGCUGUUGUUAUCUUGGCAUUGACCACUUACUGGAUGCCUAACUUGAGACAUACUGCUGGAGGAUUUUUCAUGUACUUGCUAUUCUUGUUGACCAUUCAACAGUGUAUGUCGUUCACAUUCAAGUGUGUUGCCACUGUGACUAAAGAUGGUACCACAGCUCAUGCCAUUGGUGGUUUAUGGGUUUUGAUGAUGUGUGUUUAUGCUGGAUUUGUGCUUCCAUUAACACAAAUGCAUCACUGGAUUAAGUGGAUUCAUUACUUGAAUCCUAUGUUCUACUGUUUCUACUCCUUGAUGGGUAAUGAAUUCCACAGAAGACAUAUGGACUGUUAUCAAUUGGUUCCAUCUGGUCCAGGUUACGAAAACACAUCCCUUUCCAACCAAAUAUGUAGUAUUCCAGGUUCCAUUGCCGGACGUGACUGGGUUCUUGGAGAUGACUACCUAUACAAGGCCUUUGAUAUUAAAUGGCACAAUGUGUGGAAAUACUGGGGUAUCAACUUAUGUUGGACUGUCGGCUAUAUUGGAUUAAACGUUUUUAUGUCUGAGUACAUCAAGAAUGUUGAAGGUGGUGGUGACUUGCUAUUGUUCAAGAGAGGUUGUCUGCCUGAUACCUCUGCCGGUGAAGAUUGGGAUGGUAAGGUUGCCACAAGAGGUGAGAUGAUGCUUGCUUUGAACGGUCCAGAUGCCGACCUUGAAGAGAUUAUUGCUACUGCCGAUAUCUUCUCGUGGAAAAACUUGGACUACAUUAUUCCAUACGAUGGUGCUACCAGACAAUUAUUAUGUUCCAUUCAAGGUUACGUUAAGCCAGGUACCAUGACCGCCCUUAUGGGUGAAUCUGGUGCAGGUAAGACCACAUUGUUGAACGUUUUAGCCCAAAGAAUUUCCUUCGGUACUAUUACCGGUGAUAUGUUGGUUAAUGGUAGACCAUUGGAUACAUCUUUCAAGAGAAGAACUGGUUAUGUGCAACAACAAGAUUUGCAUAUGGCUGAGUACUCUGUUAGAGAAUCAUUAAGGUUUGCUGCUGAUUUGAGACAACCUAAGGAUGUGUCCACUGCUGAGAAGUACGAAUAUGUUGAAAAGAUUAUUGGCUGCUUGGGUAUGGACAAAUAUGCCGAGGCUAUGGUUGGUAAAAUUGGUAGAGGUUUGAAUGUCGAACAAAGAAAGAAAUUAUCUAUUGCUACUGAAUUAGUUGCUAAGCCAUCAUUGUUAUUAUUCUUGGAUGAACCUACCUCUGGUUUGGACUCUGAAUCUUCAUGGUCUAUUGUCCAAUUCUUGAGAGCUCUUGCAGACUCUGGUCAAGCUAUCUUGUGUACGAUUCAUCAACCAUCGGCCACAUUGUUUGAGGUUUUCGACAGAUUGCUAUUGUUGAAGAAAGGUGGUAAGACUGUGUACUUCGGUGAUAUUGGUGCAAACUCCUCUACAUUGUUGAAAUACUUUGAAGGACAUUCUGGUGUCAAGUGUGGUGCUUCUGAGAAUCCUGCUGAAUACAUUUUGAACUGUAUUGGUGCUGGUGCAACAGCUUCUGCUGCCCAGGAUUGGGCUGAACUUUGGAACAAUUCUCCAGAAUGUGCCCAAACCACAAAGGAUAUUGAAUACUUGCAUGCUGAAUUACCAAAGAGACCAGAGAACUCAACUGCUGGUGACUUGUCUGCUAAAUAUGCUACUACAUACGACAAGCAAUUCUGGUAUGUUUUGAGAAGAACAUAUGUUCAGUUCUGGAGAUCACCGGUUUAUAUCAGAGCCAAGUUCCUUGAAUGUGUUUCUUGUGCUCUUUUCGUUGGUUUAUCUUAUGUUGGUAUGGACCACUCUGUAGGUGGUGCACAAGGUGCUUUCUCAUCUGUUUUCAUGUUGUUGUUGAUUUCCGUUGCUAUGAUUAACCAAUCUCACGUCUUUGCUUAUGAUACCAGAGAAUUGUUUGAAGUCAGAGAAGCUUUGUCGAAUACUUUCCACUGGUCAUGUUUGCUUCUUUGUCACACUAUCCUCGAAAUCUUCUGGUCCACAAUUUGUCAAUUCUUCAUUUACGUUUGUUACUACUGGCCACCAAGAUACUCCGGGGAUGCUAAUAAGGCUGGUUUCUUCUUCUUCAUCAACGUGUUGAUUUUCCCAGCUUACUACUGUACCUACGGUUUGGCUAUCUUGUACUUUUCCCCAGAUGUGCCAUCAGCUUCUAUGAUCAACUCCAACUUGUUUGCUGCGAUGUUGUUGUUCUGUGGUAUUUUGAAUCCAAAGAGAUACUCGCCAAGAUUCUGGUCCUUCAUGUAUGUUGCAUCACCAUUUACCUACUUUGUGCAAGCGUUUGUUGGUCCUAUUUUGCACAACAGAAAGUUGGUUUGUGCUUAUGGUGAAUUGAGUAUUGUUGAUCCACCAGAGGGACAAAACUGUGGUGACUACUUCUCGCAUUACAUUGACAACAACGGUGGUUACUUGAGAAACCCGGAUGCUGACAGCAGUUGCCAAUACUGUCCAUACACCAUGCAAGAGCAGGUUGUUAUCCAAUAUGGUAUCAAGUGGAACCAGCAUUGGAGAGAUUUUGGUAUUGCAUGGAUCUACAUCAUUGCUAACACUGGUUUCAUGUUGGUUGGCUACUACUACUUCAGAGUUAUCGGUAAGAAUCCGUUCGGUAUGAUUUUCAAAUUGUUGAACCCUAAGUCUUUGAUUCCUAAGCAAAGACACGAAAAAGAUAACACUAUCUUCCAAAAGAAACCAGGCGAUGACAAGAUUGGUACCCAAAAGAAGCCAUCAACUUAAUCAUUGGUUUAAACUUAAGCCACCCAAUCUAUUUUAAUAAUAUAUUUUUAAUAUUUACACUCACAGCACAAUAAUUCCAUUCCUUAUUUAACCCUUAUACAUUUGAUUUUAUACAUUCCCAUUUCCAUUUCCAUAGCUGCUAGCUUAUAUUUUGUUUUUUCUUACACUUUUAUAUACAUUUGACAUAGCUUUUUAAAU